ACCUGCAGCCACGUUACGAUACUUAAAUCUGUGACACAGCAUUAUAAGUGCUCCUAGCCUUUCGUGGACUCAACGAACCGACGCGUGAAGGAAAAAUGGCAAGCGCUACUUCUUACUUGACUGUCGGUCUUCUUCUGACAUGCGCUUUGGCGCAAACGAUACACGGUUUUCGGUUGAGGAAAUCAGGAAGAAGGGAAGGGCGAAUCGGGGCCAGAACGACAGGUGUCCAAGAGGGUAAAGUUGUGUUUGGGAGGGUUUUUGAGAAGGUGACAGGCCGUGAAUCUCCAUCAAACUCUUCACUGGACGACGAUUCUGCUUAUCAGGCGGACUCUCCAGUCAAUGGUCAGGGGCAGAGUACCAGUUUCAAGGAUGCGGCGUGGAAACGCAUGGCUUCCUCGCUGCAGUGUGGCGGAGAACAGAUGAGGUUCAAAGCGGUGGGAGCUGGAGCUUCAAAUUUUGCAGUAGACCAAGGAAAAGAAGCACCUCCCAUGGCUUUGUCCCAGGUCCCAUCUACCUGUGGUUAUACCAUGCAGAGGAACCCGUUUGCACUCGUCAUGUUGGUUCCAUAUGAUGGUUGCAAUGUGGUUCAAGAGGGUGGAAAUUACGUUCUGCCAAUGCGUUGGCAGGGAAUCCCAGUUUCUCUCUGUUGCCCCAAACCUGCAGAACCUUCUCCUGAACCACAACUGCCAACUAAGAAACCCCAAGAGCCCCAAAAGACUGUGACGCUCAUUCCACCAAAACAAGAGCCUCUAAAUCCCCAAAGUCAAAUGUACUACUGGCAUUAUCCGUACAAUGUAGGACCUCUACCAGAUCCUACACCGGCACCGACCACAACACCGGCACCGACCACAACACCAACACCGACCUCAACACCAACACCAACCACAACACCAGAAAUGCAGAAGAUUAUACAGUACCCAUUUAUCUAUCCACAAAACGUUUACUUUCCUAACCUAGUGCAUGCACCUGCAGAGCCCACAACUGAGCCCACAACUAAGCCACCCCCUGAGCCCCAGACUCCCCUCAAGAUUCCUCCCCAGUUGCCCCCUCAAUAUCAUAUGCAGUUUCCUCCUGGCUUCCCGCUUAAUUUUCCUCCCCAGUUUCCCCAGCAGCUCCCUCCCCAGUUUCCCCAGCAGCUCCCUCCCCAGUUUCCCCAGCAGCUCCCUCCCCAGUUUCCCCAGCAGCUCCCUCCCCAGUUUCCCCAGCAGUUUCUGAAGCUUCCUCCCCAGUUUCUCCAGCAGCUUCCUCCCCAGCAGCUUCAGAAGCUUCCUCCCCAGCAGCUUCAGAAGCUUCCUCCCCAGUUUCUCCAGCAGCUUCCUCCCCAGUUUCUCCAGCAGCUUCCUCCCCAGUUUCUCCAGCAGCUUCCUCCCCAGUUUCCCCAGCAGCUUCUGCUGUUCCCUCCACAGAAGGAUUUCAUUCCAUAUCCAACAACUCCUGCGAUGACGACCACCACAGUAACCCCAACCGCAAAGCAAAGUCAACCCGCUCCAUUACAAUAUGGUUUUCCACGCAUGCAUGCCCCCUUCCCUUUUUAUGGUCCAUACCGCACAUGAGUCAAGCUAGCAUGCUGAAUGUUUAAUAAAAUGGUUGAAUAACAAGUAGCUGUGUCAGUAUUUUUUGAUCUUUGUCUCAGCUAUUUUAUUACUACUUAAACAUGGCAAGUUUAAAGGUUUUGUUUGCCUGUACACAUCUGUAAAUAUACUUGGAGGUUGUACUGCACAAUUAAAUUAACUUGCUUUUAAUAAAGCAAUGUCACCACUUCUAAAG